AUGAUGAAAAUGGAUAUAAAGUAAUUCUCUAUGCUUCGAUUGAUUGGCAAAGGAGCUUAUGGAUAAGUAUUUUUGGCUAAAAAGAAAGAUACUAACAAAGUUUAUGCUAUCAAAACAUUAAAGAAAAAAGAAAUUGAUAAAAAGAAAUAAGCUGUAUUUAUUUAUAUUAUAUAAUUAGUAACAUGUAAUGAUGGAAAAAACUAUUCUUAAUUAAGCAAAACAUUAGUUUAUUGUUUCCCUUUCAUAUACUUUUCAAUCUGAUAAACAUUUUUACUUUGUUUUAGAAUACUGUGCAGGUGGGGAUUUAUUUAGUUUAUUGAGAGUAAAAAGAAAGUUAAAAGAAGAAUAAAUACAAUUUUAUGCAAUUCUAAUAAUUCAUGCAUUAUAAUUUCUACAUACUUAAAAAAUUAUCUAUAGAGAGUAAAUAUAAAAAUAUAUAAAUAGUUUAAAACCUGAAAAUGUACUUAUAGAUGAGAAAGGUUAUAUAAAAUUAACUGAUUUUGGGCUUUCUAAAAUAUUACUUUAAGAAAAGGCUGAUUCAAUUGUUGGAACUCCUGAAUAUUUGGCUCCUGAAAUUCUUAGUCAAAAUGGAGAUGGAUAUGAUUAUAAGGUAGAUUGUUGGUCCUUGGGAUGUUUAUUAUAUGAAAUGAUUGCUGAAUAACCUCCUUUCAUGUCAGAAUAAAGAGAUCAAUUAAUUAAGUUAAUUAAAACAACACAACCAUAAUUUAAUUUCCCGAUAUCUAAUGAACUUAAAGAUUUAAUAGUUAGUUUAUUGUAAAAGGAUCCAAAAUAAAGACCCUCUUUAAUUGAAGUUAAAGAAUUUCCAUUCUUUAAAAAUGUUGAAGAUUGGCAAUCUUAUUUAUAUUAUAAGGUUCUUCCUCCCUUCCUACCUGUUAUUCAUGGACCUGAGGAUGUAAGCAAUUUUGAUCCUGUAAAUCAAUCUAUCAUAAUAUUUAGGAAUUUACUUAAUAAGAACAAUUCGGAUCUCCAAGUGAUGGAUCAAAUUCAGAUAAUAAGUUUCCUGGCUUUUCUGGUAAUAAUUCUUAAUAAUGA